AUGGUGCCAGGAGCCAUUCUGUGGCUUUUCCUCUCACUCAGCUGCCUCCUGCCUUCUGCUAAGUCCCAGGCAAAGAUACCACUGGAAACGGUGAAGUCCUGGGCAGAUGCCUUUGGUGGGGAGAUAUAUUCCAUCAUGACAAAGUAUUCAGGCUCGCUCCUCUUACAGAAGAAGUACAAAGAUGUGGAGCCCACUCUGAAGAUCAAGGAGGUGGAUGGCUUGGAGCUGGUGAAGAAGUUCUCAGAGGAGAUGGAGAGCAUGCUGCGCAGAAAAGUAGAAGCUGUUGAGAGGCUGGUGGAAGCAGCGGAAGACGCAGAUCUGAACCAUGAAUUCAACUCCUCUCUGGUGUUUGAUUACUACAACUCUCUCCUGAUUAACGAGAAGGAUGAGAAUGAUAAUUAUGUGGAGCUUGGAGACGAAUUCAUUCUGGAACCAAAUGAGCAUUUCAAUAAUCUGCUGGUGAACACAACGUACAGCGAUGUGCAACUCCCAACCAAUGUCUACAACAAAGACCCUGGCAUAUUGAAUGGAGUUUACAUGUCAGAAGCCUUGAAUCCUAUUUUUGUGGACAAUUUCCAAAGAGACCCAACACUGACCUGGCAGUACUUUGGCAGCUCCACAGGAUUCUUCAGACUUUACCCAGGGAUAAAGUGGAUGCCAGAUGAGAAUGGAGUCAUCUCCUUCGACUGCAGGAAUCGAGGCUGGUACAUCCAGGCAGCCACCUCGCCCAAGGACAUUAUAAUCGUGGUGGACAUCAGUGGGAGCAUGAAGGGUCUGCUGAUGACCAUUGCCAAAUACACCAUCAUCACCAUUUUGGACACUUUGGGGGAAAAUGAUUUCGUCAAUAUUAUUGCAUACAAUGAUUAUGUUCAUUAUGUUGAACCCUGUUUCAAGGGCAUCCUGGUCCAAGCAGACAGAGAUAACAGAGAGCACUUUAAGCAGUUGGUGGAUGAGCUGCAGGCAAAAGGAGUGGGGACCGUCAACAAAGCCGUGCUGGAAUCCUUCAAAAUCCUGAGGGAGUUCAGAGAGGCUGGGCAAGGAGGCCUGUGUAACCAAGCCAUCAUGCUGAUCACAGAUGGAGCAGUGGAGGAUUAUGAAUCUGUGUUUGAAAAGUACAACUGGCCUGAUCGUAAGGUCCGGGUUUUCACUUAUCUCAUUGGAAGGGAAGUCACGUUUGCACAAAAUGUGAAAUGGAUAGCUUGCAACAACAAAGGCUACUACACUCAGAUCUCCACCCUGGCAGAUGUUCAGGAGAAUGUGAUGGAAUAUCUGCAUGUGCUCAGCCGUCCAAUGGUCAUCAACCAUGAUCAUGACAUCAUAUGGACUGAAGCCUACAUGGACAGUGCGCUCUUUGCAUCUCAAGCUCAAAGUCUGCUGCUCAUGACAACAGUAGCUAUGCCGGUCUUCAGCAAAAAGAAUGAAACGAGAUCUCAUGGCAUUCUCCUGGGUGUAGUGGGCUCUGAUGUUCCACUCAGGGAGCUACUGAAACUGGCUCCACGGUACAAGUUGGGAGUCCAUGGAUAUGCCUUUCUGAACACUAACAACGGUUACAUCCUCUCACACCCAGACCUACGACCUUUGUACAGAGAGGGAAAGAAGCUGAAGCCCAAACCAAACUACAACAGUGUGGAUCUCUCUGAAGUAGAGUGGGAAGACCAAGAUGAAAUACUGAGAACAGCAAUGAUCAAUGGAGAAACGGGUUACCUUGCUAUGGACGUGAAGGUCCCUGUGGAUAAAGGGAAACGGGUUCUCUUUCUCACUAAUGAUUAUUUCUUCACUGACAUCAGUGGCACGCCUUUCAGCCUGGGUGUCGUCCUCUCCCGUGGGCAUGGGGAAUACAUCCUGCUGGGGAACACUUCCGUGGAAGAAGGCUUGCACGACCUGCUGCAGCCAGACUUGACCUUAGCUAAUGAAUGGAUUUACUGCAUCACUGAUAUUGAUCCAGAUCACCGGAAGCUCAGCCAGCUGGAGGCCAUGAUCCGCUUCCUCACAGGAGAGGAACCCGAUCUGGAAUGUGAUGAGGACUUGGUCCAGGAGGUGCUGUUUGACGCGGUGGUAACUGCACCAAUGGAGGCCUACUGGACAGCCUUGGCCCUCAACAUGUCUGAUGAGACUGAGCAGGAGGUCGAGACGGCAUUUCUGGGCACUCGAGCCGGCCUCAUGAGGAGCCUCCUGUAUGUGGGAUCUGAGAAACUCUCAAACAGGCAAUUCCUGACCUUGGGGGACAAGGAGAGUAUCUUCACCAUGGAUCACUUCCCCCUGUGGUAUCGCCGAGCAGCAGAGCAUCCUCCAGGGAGCUUCAUCUACAGCAUGACCUCAGAAGAGGGUUCAGAGGGAGGUAGCAAACCAGAGGUGGUGACAGUGAGCACAUCCGUUGCUGUGACUGUGGAUGGGAAGACGGCUAUUGCUGCAGCUGUGGGUGUGCAAAUUAAGCUGGAAUUACUCCAACGCAAGUUCUGGAUGGCUACACGGCAGUGCAGUGGCGUGGAUGGUGUGUGUCCACUGAGCUGUCAGGAUGAUAAUCUGAACUGCUUCCUCAUUGAUAAUAAUGGGUUUAUAUUCAUUUCCAAGAGAUCUACAGAGACUGGAAAAUUUUUUGGUGAAGUGGAUGGCUCAGUAAUGACCCAACUCCUAAACAUGGGAAUGUUCAGGCAGGUGACGAUGUAUGACUAUCAGGCCAUGUGUAAAAUGCCCUACCAUCAUCACAGUGGUGCCCGGCCUCUGCUCAGUCCCAUUUAUACCUUUCUUGCUGCAGUGAAGUGGCUGAUAAGUGAUUUCCUCGUAUUUCUUUUGGAGUUCAAUAUUUGUGGCUUCUGGCACUCAGACAACUUGGCAGAUGCCAAGUCCGUCUUCCAUCAUUCUCACAAGCAUAAGAAACAUGAUAUGCUGCAGCCAUGUGACACAGAAUACCCUGUCUUUGUGUACGAGACCACCAUCAAAGAGACCAACGGGCUGAUCGAGUGCGGAGACUGCCAAAAGAUGUUUGUAGCGCAGCAGAUUGUCAACAGUAACCUCCUGCUCCUGGUUACAGAUGCUACCUGUGACUGCAGCAUCUUCCCACCUGUACUCCUGGAAGCAAAAGAAGUCAAAUAUAAUGCUUCGGUGAAGUGCGACAGGAUGCGCUCCCAGAAACUGAGACGGCGGCCAGAUACCUGCCACGCAUUCCAUCCGGAGGAGAAUGCUCAGGACUGCGGUGGAGCUGCUGAGAUCUCAGCCUCGCUGACAUUACUCCUUCUAGUGCUGGUGACCUUUGCUCUCCUCCUGCGGUGACAGAGUCUACCACAUCCUUACAGUUUGCAGAAAUGGUGGAUAAUACAAGGGAGUCUACUUCCCGGGGACAUUCUUAGAGCCAGAGAGUUGGAGCUGUAGGAGGGGAGGAGCCCACGAUGUAGGCAUUUUGACUCCCUGUGGACUUGUGGGGACAAGGCCUUAGAGACCCCUCACAUAUUGGCCUGUCUCUCGGACAAAAGGCUUAUAGUUCAGUUUUGUGUUUACAAUGGAAGCUAUUUCUUCCGGAAGAACUUGCAGCUUGAGUCCCGGCCACCAUGGGUGUGGAUCAAAUGGGAUUAACUGUCUCUGCAAUAAAUACUGGAUCGGAUA